AGUGACAUUGGGGACAGGGAGAGGGACACAGGGACAGCGCGGUGUCACCAAGAAACAAGGGACAGCAUGGGGACAACGUGGUCUGGUCACCGAGGGCGUGAGGACAUCGGGGACAGGGACAGUGACGUCACGGGGACAGCGCGGCGCGGGCACGGUGGCGUUGUCACCGGGCACGAUGGCGUUGUCACCGGGAGGGCGCGGCGCAGGGGACACCCUGGGGACAGCGGCCACGGGGGAGGGGACGGCGGCAGCGGGGCCAAGGUGGCCAGGGUGGGGGGCGGUGACGUCAUCGCCGGCCGCGGUGACGUCACCGUGGGUGACACCGACCCCACGGCCACCAGCCGCAGCGGUGACAUCCCGGGGGCGGCCGAGGGUCCCGGGGCCACCCCUGGUGACGGCAGUGACGUCAUCACCAACGCCGGCAUCGGUGAUGUCACCGCGGACUCCGAUGCCACCCGCGACGUCCCCGUGGGCCUGGCGGGUCACGUGACCCCAGGAGCGACAAAGGACCCCGAUGCCACCUCUGGUGACAGCGAUGACGUCACCACUGCCACCAUCCCCGUGGAUCCGACGGGUCACGUGACCCCAGGAGUGACAAAGGACCCCGAUGCCACCUCUGGUGACAGCGAUGACGUCACCACUGCCAGCAUCCCCGUGGACCUGACGGGUCACGUGACCCCAGGAGUGACCAAGGACCCCGAUGCCGCCUCUGGUGCCACUCCAGGUGACACCGAUGACGUCACCACAGCCGACGUCCCCCCAGAUUUUCUGUCCCUGGGUGACGUCCCCAUGGACCUGACGGGUCACGUGACCCCAGGAGUGACCAAGGACCCCGAUGCCGCCUCUGGUGCCACUCCAGGUGACACCGAUGACGUCACCAUCCAUGACGUCCCCCUGGAUUUUCUGUCCCUGGGCGACGUCCCCAUGGACCUGACCGGCCACGUCAUCCCGGGGGCGGCCGAGAGCCCCGGCGCCGCUGCGGAUGACGUCACGGGCGACGUCACGGGUGACGUCACGGGCGGGUACCUGCUGUCGGGCUGCGACGUGUUCGUGACGCGCGAGCCGUGCGCGCUGUGCGCCAUGGCGCUGCUGCACGCCCGCGCGCGCCGCGUCUUCUACGGGGAGCCGAGCGCCCGCGGGGCGCUGGGCACGCGCUACGGCCUGCACGGGCACCCGCGGCUCAACCACCGGUACCGGGUGUGGCUGCUGCCCGUGACUGGGGACACUGGGAGCACUGGGAACAAUGGGAACAGUGGGAACAAUGGGAAUGGUUGAUUGGGGACAGUGACGUCACACCGGGGACAGUGA